GGUGGUAGUAAUAGUAGUAUGUCAGUUCCUGUGAGAAAUAAGAAAGUUGCAAAAAAUGCUGCUGGUCAAAGACAAGAUGUGGGAUGGCAACAUGGCACUCCCGUAAACGAUGGAUCAAGAAAGAUCAAGUGCAACUAUUGUCAUACUGAAUAUACCGGCGGUGUUUUUCGAUUUAAGCAUCAUUUAGCAGGGACAAAUAGUAAUGUUGAAUCAUGCAUAUCUGUUCCUGAUGAAGUUCGCAAAGAAAUGUGGACCAUUGUUCAUAAAUUGCAAACCAAACUCAUCAAGAAGAGAACUCUAAAUGAAGAAUUUAUAAAGAUGUGUGAAAUGAUUGCCCGAUAUGGUAAAGGAUAUAAGCCACCAUCUUAUCAUGACAUUCGAGGUAAACAUUUAAAGACAAAAGUUGAGUCAAUAAAUAGCAUAUUGGUGGAGCAUAAAGCUGCUUGGAAAAAAUUUGGAUGUACAAUAAUGAGUGAUGGAUGGACGGAUCAAAAGAGGAGAACUAUAAUAAACUUUUUAGUCAAUAGUCCUAUGGGAACUUUCUUUUUAAAAUCAAUUGAUGCAUCUGGCAUUUCAAAGACAUCUGAUAAAGUUUUCAAAAUGCUGGAUGACAUCGUUGAGGAAGUGGGGGUGGAAAAUGUUGUUCAAAUUGUAACAGACAAUGCUGCAAACUACAAGUUGGCUGGACAAAUGUUGAUGGACAAGAGAAAUAUGCUUUAUUGGACACCUUGUGCAGCUCAUUGUAUUGAUCUAAUGUUAGAGGAUUUUGAGAGCAAGAUACCUAUGCAUAAGGAGAUUAUUGCUUCGGGUAAAAAGAUCACAACUUACAUUUAUGCUAGGACAGGUCUUAUAACUUUAUUGCAUCAUUAUACGGCAGGAGGUGAAUUGAUAAGACCUGGUGCCACUCGCUUUGCAACAUCAUAUUUAUGUUUGGGUUGCUUGAAUGAUAAGAAGGGAGAAUUGUAUAGGAUGUUCACUUCUAAGAAAUGGAAGGAUCGUAAAUUUGCCAAGACAAAAGAUGGGAAAUUGGUUGAAAAUAUAGUCACAAAUAGAUACUUUUGGAAGAAUUUGGUUAUUUGCCUUAAGGGUGCUUUUCCAUUACUUAAAGUCUUACGUAUGGUGGAUUCUGAUGAGAAGCCAGCCAUGGGCUAUAUCUAUGAAGCAAUGGAUCAGGCAAAAGAGCAAAUUCAAACUAGCUACAAUAAUAAGAAAAAAAGCUACCAACCUUUAUGGAAGAUUAUAGAUCACAGAUGGGACAAACAGUUGCAUAGGCCUUUGCAUGUUGCGGGUUACUAUCUUAAUCCAAUGUUGCAUUACAAACCUAAUUUCAAAGCAGAUAAUGAAGUUAAACAAGGGAUGUAUGCAUGUUUAAAAAGGAUGAUGGGAGGAGACAUGAAUAUGGUGAAUAAAAUUGAUGGUCAGCUUGAAGAUUUUAAGAGUAAAAAAGGGUUCUUUGGGAGUGAAAUAGCUCAACGUGGACUAGAAAACAAGACACCAACUCAAUGGUGGGAAUCUUACGGUGAUGAACACCCAGAGUUGCAAAACUUUGCUAUUCGUGUGUUAAGUUUGACCUGCAGUUCUUCUGGAUGUGAGAGAAACUGGAGUGCUUUUGAGAUGGUUCAUACGAAGAAAAGAAACCGGUUGAAACAACAGACUAUGAACGAUCUUGUGUAUGUGAUGGUAAAUACAAGAUUGACCAAGAAUAAGGCUGAAAGGAAAAAGCGAGAUCUAACAAUCGAUGAUUUCCAAGAUGAUGAUGAUUGGUGGUGUGUUGCUGAGGAAGAAAAUGCAGGUGGUAAUCAUGUAAAUGUGGCUGACUUAGAUGAAGAUUUGAUGCAAAGUACUGGUGUUAAAUCAACUACACAUGUAGAUGAAUUUGAUGUCCUUGAAACUAUAGAAAGUGACAAUGAAGAAGAAAAUGCAGACGAAGAAAAAUAA